AUGACGUCCUCCUUUUCCGGUAACUUCGCCCAAAAAAACUCGUCCAGACAACGAUACCCACAACAAAAUGUGGUAGGAAGGUAUGCCAGCAGGGCAGCCUACAUGAGCCCCGGUAGCUCCUCCUCCUCUUCCUCCUCUUCCUCGUUCAUGCGGUGGGGCUGGGGUCUGGCAGCGGCUACUGCUGCCCUAGGUGCACUCUCAGAGCGGCAAGACUCGCCCACAGAAGCUUGUGGGAUUGUUGGUGUAAUCGGAGAGGACGACGCUCGUUCCAUUCUAAUGGAGGGUCUGACCGUGCUGCAAAAUCGGGGGUACGACUCUGCCGGAAUAGCGACCAUCUCCCCGCACGACAACGUAUUGACCGUCACGAAGUAUGCCUCCGCGGGCUCCACGUACGACUGCAUCGACCUGGUCAAGGAAAAUAGCCACCGGCACAAGGGGCAUCACGUGGGGAUUGCCCACACUCGAUGGGCCACACACGGGGGCAAGACCGACCUGAACGCACACCCCCACACGGACAGCAAGGGCCGGGUGGCGGUAGUGCACAACGGCACCAUCACCAACAGCCACGAGCUUCGACACGAACUCCAGCAUGCUCACGGGAUCAAGUUUGUCUCCGAGACGGACACGGAGAUCAUCGCGCAGUUGAUCGGCCUGGGCCUGGAUGAGAAUUUGAGCUUGAAAGAUGCGACCGCAGAGGCCCUAAAACGCUGUGACGGUACGUGGGGCCUGGUGGUGCUCUCUCCCAAAGAGCCCGAUGAAUUGGUGGUGGCCUGCAACGGCUCGCCCAUGGUGCUGGGCAUUGGGGAAGGCCGGGUCUUCAUCGCCUCGGAGACGUCUGCCUUCAACCGGCACACCAAAAAUUUCAUUGCCCUGAAAGAUGGGGAGCUGGGAGUGGUCCGGGCGGACGGGUCCACCUUGGACUUGACGCGCGUGCAGAAAGCGCCAGACGUGAACAUCCUCCUCUCCCCUGCCCCGUACCCGCACUGGACGAUCCGCGAGUGUAUGGAACAGCCAGAAGCGAUCGCCCGAGCCCUAGGCUUUGGGGGCCGCAUGAGCGACACGCGCGUCUACCUGGGAGGAUUGGACCGACAGAAGGAACGGAUGCAAAGCAUCAAGCACCUGGUUCUGACCGGGUGUGGCACGUCCUUGCAUGCGGCUAUGUACGCGGCGAAAUUGAUGCGGGACUUCGAAGCCUUCCGCACCGUCAUGGCAGUCGACGCGGCGGAAGUCCGGCUAUCCGACCUACCCAAGCACCACGCCGGCCUCCUAGCCAUUUCCCAGUCGGGGGAAACCAAGGACGUGCACCGGGCGGUGGUGCUGGCGGACCGAAUGGGCCUCCCCACCAUGUCGGUGGUCAACACGGUUGGCUCCCUCAUCGCCCGCACCACCAAACUCGGGGUCUACCUGAACGCCGGGCGCGAGUCCUCCGUGGCCAGUACCAAGGCAUUCACCACGCAGGUGACGGUGCUGACCUUGAUCACGGCCUGGUUCCGGCAGGUUCGGGAAGAGGCCGGGGAGGAGGCACUCCCGGGGCGGGUGACAGAGCUUCUAGAAGCCCUGCAACGGAUGCCGAUCGGUUUCGGAAUGGCCCGACGGACGCGGGAACAGUGCGCGGAGUUGGCCGUUCGUCUCAAGGACAAGGAGCACGUCUUCUUGUUGGGGAAAGGGUACGGGGAGCCGAUCGCUUUGGAAGGGGCGUUGAAGCUCAAGGAGAUGGCCUACAUCCAUGCCGAAGGUUACUCCGGGGGGGCCCUCAAACACGGGCCCUUCGCCCUCAUAGAGGGCAAAGAGGGAAAGUUUGGCGCCACCCCCAUCAUUUGUCUGAUCCUCGACGACGAACAUGCUCAGCACAUGCGCACGGCUGCCGAAGAAGUCAAAGCGCGGGGGGCGGACUUGAUAGUCAUCACCGACAACCCGAAAUUGGCCAGAGGGCUGGUCCCUGAUCCGAUCAUCGUCCCGAAUAACGGUCCGUUAACGGCGUUGAUCGCCACCUUGCCGCUGCAACUGCUUGCCUACGAAUUAGCGGUUUUGCGAGGGAUCAACCCUGACAAGCCUCGGAACUUGGCCAAGGCGGUGACGGUCGAUUGA